AUGAUUCUAUAUAAUUUUGCGGAUCAGCGGUUAGCCUGUGUGGUGAUAUUUCAAUGUUGGCCCAAAGAAGUCCUCUCUCAUUUCUCGUUGGCUGCUGGCAAUCACCACCGCUAUACCCAAUAUGUUGAUCUCGAGGAUCCGCAGGCUCUCGAAGAUAUGGCUUAUGCCUAUCUACGUUAUCGCCGUCCCAAAAUUGGGGUAUUUAUGGAUCUGAACUGCAAUCAAACGGUGAGGGUUAUUGAAAAGACAAGUCAGAUAAGGUUCUUCAAUCAACACUACCACUGGCUCAUCUAUGAUGAGAGGUCUGAUAUGCCGCGUUUUUAUAAUCUCUUUAAAAAUUCGAAUCUCUCGGUGGAUACGGAUUUGACUUAUAUGGUACCUAAGGUGGAGCAUCAAAUUGAAGGAGGAGAAGGAGGGAAUCGGAACCGUAGCUACUUCGUGGCCUUUGAUGUCUACAAUAAUGGUUGGCUCAUUGGCGGGAAAUUGAAUAUCAGUUCGAAUUAUGAACUCAGCUGUGGUGCGGAGGGGUGCUUCAAGUCGAAAUAUCUCACGGAUUUGCAUAAACGUUCGGUAUCCGGAAAUCGGGAGGCCUUGAGAGAUGUCACCAUGAGAGUGGCCGUGGUGGUAACCCGAUAUGACCUGAAUGCCCCGCCGGAAGAGAUCAAUAAUUUCCUAUUGACCCAGGAAGAUUUUCAUAUUGACCCCUUGGCCCGAUUGGGAUUUCAGGUACUGAGAUUGCUGCAGGAGUCACUGUAUACCAAAGUCUCCUACACAUAUUACGAUCGCUGGACCGAUGUUGAAUAUACCGGCGGAAUUGUGGGUUCUUUGGUAAAUGAAACGGCCGAUCUGACCUCCGCCCCCUUUUUCAUGUCCGCAAAUCGUUUUCGUUUCCUAUCCUCCCUGGCGGCUACGGGAGAUUUUCGUUCUGUCUGUAUGUUUCGUACCCCUCGAAAUUCCGGCAUGCAUGGUGGGGUCUUCUUGGAACCGUUCAGCACGAAAGUUUGGAUUUUAUUCGGUUGUAUUUUAAUAUUGGCUGGGGUUCUACUGUGGUUGGCCUUCUUUAUGGAAUAUCAUGAAAUGGAGAGAUAUAUUCGGACCUAUAUCCCAUCGUUGUUGACUACUUGCCUGAUUAGUUUUGGGUCCGCCUGUGCUCAGAGUAGCUUUCUAAUACCCCAUUCAUGGGGUGGUCGGAUGGCUUUUAUUUCACUGUCGAUUAUUACCUUUAUUAUGUAUAAUUAUUAUACCUCGGUGGUGGUAUCGUCACUUUUGGGUUCCCCUGUAAAAUCGAAAAUAAGGACUUUGCGGGAAUUGGCCGAUUCGGAUUUGGAGGUGGGGCUGGAACCGCUACCCUAUACAUAUACCUAUUUGAAUUUCUCCUCUCUGCCCGAUGUCCAGUACUUCGUGCGCACGAAAAUCCUCUCGAAAAAGAAUAGCGAAAGUCUUUGGUAUUCGGCCAGUGAUGGUAUUACGAAAAUGCGUCAGAAACCCGGUUUUGUAUUUGUUUUCGAAACCUCAACGGGUUAUAAUCUAAUCGAGAGGCUGUAUGAUGCCCAUGAAAUAUGUGACCUGAAUGAGAUUCUUUUCCGAUCGGAUACCUUGCUGGCUACGCAUUUGCAUCAGAAUUCGAGCUAUAAGGAAAUUGUGAGGAUGAAAAUCAUACGCAUCUUGGAAACCGGUGUCCAUUCGAAACAUCGCCGCCAAUGGGUUCGGACCCAUUUGAAUUGUUUUUCGAAUAAUUUUGUCAUAAAUGUGGGGCUGGAAUAUACGGCUCCAUUGUUUUUGAUGUUAUUGUGCGGUUAUGGCUUGGUCUUGAUUCUAUUGUUGUUGGAAAUUAUGUGGAACCGUUGGGAAAUGAAGCAGGAGAGGAAGACCCCGGAGUACUAG